AUGACCGACCAACGGCCAGAUCUGGCCUCUAACCGCCAUCAAUUGGCUGACUGGUUAGCCGUAUCUUCUGAUAGGGUUGUCACUGUAGAGCAUCCGUCCAUCAUCAAAGAUAUUGACAAGGGUCUGCAAUCUCUUGGCGGAGAACAUCACAUCAAACAUCUGCUUGCUCCUGCUGGUCAGACUCUAUCUGUUGGUCUAUCCUUGCGCCCACAUGAUCCCCUCGUCAAGAAACUCGUCUCGAAAGAGAUGCCAGUUCAGAACCUGCUCCUUCGUGUGACUGUCCCACGACGAACAGGUCGUAAGAGGAAGCGAGGUUCUGAUGAUCCUUUCGAACAUCAUGGUGAUGGCCCGGAGAGCUCGAAUGGAGAUGCCGAAGGCACUGCCCACUCAAUUCCUGUGACAGCUGAACAGCUACGGCGCCGACUCGUUGACAACAAGGACGCCUAUACCAUACAGCCUGUCGCAACAAUCAAGCAAACUCACAGAUUCCGCGCCCUACCAGACUUCCAGCUACGAGCCGGAUCUCAGCCAGUUAUGCACCAGAUUGGCAAGGGUCUGAUCAACCCUACGAUAUCGAGCAUCAAGAACUUCAAGGUCGACAUGACUCCCGGUCGACCAGCCAACGAAGAGCUCAUUGCACCUCCUAACUUUACUUCAUUCGAGCAGUCUUUGAACUACCUCUACAAGCAAAACCCUGGUGUUACUCAUGUGACAGAUGAGAAGGGUCGCGUCAAGACUGUCAACACACAAGCUCCCAAGAAACGCCAAGUCGUCUCGGUAGCUCACGAUGUCGAGAAGGUGCCGACGGAGCCACCCAAGGGUCUUGUUCCCAUCGAGAAGCAGUCCGAAGCCUUACAGCAGUGUGUCAAGAAUCUGCUGGAGCUGCUUGAUUCUAGACCUGCCGUCACACGACGUGUGGCAUGUAACCUCGUCGAUUGGGGAAACGAGGCGCUCUUCAAGGAAGCGACACAGUAUGUGGGAUACAGUUUCAAGUCCGGUCCAUUCAGAGACACACUCGUCAAGUACGGCCUCGACCCUCGUACGGAUCCGAAGUACCGCUGCUAUCAGACUUUCUCGUUCCAGCUCAUUUCCAAAGACAAAGUCAUUGCUGCAGCCAAGAAGAUGAGAGACGGCAAGAAUCAGUGGAUCAGAAGCGAUCGUUAUAAGAAAGACGAAGAGCCCUCACAUGUUUUUGAUGGCAAGAGUAUGACUACCAACGGCAAGACAUGGCAGGUCUGUGACAUCAAAGAGCCUGUCCUUGCAGGUUUGCUAGCCACUGAAAACCUGCGAUCUGAAUUUGAUCCCGUGAAUUAUGGCUGGUAUCUCAAUGGAACUGUCGCCAAAGCACGUAUCAUAAUGCGAGACAUGAUCGGAAUGAUGCUCAACGGGCAGGCUCCUGACACAGCAUCCUACCAGACGGUGUCAUCUAUCCCUGAUGAGAUCGACAAGACGACCUACCCUCAGACCUAUUUUGAGAGAGGUGCUCACCCUGAGAAGGUGAUGCAAUUGUCUGGAGAGAUAAGAAACUUGGUGAAGACAGACAUUGCUCAAAGAGUCAGAGACAAAUUCAGGGGUGAAGGAGAGAUUUAUGGUGAUGAGAACACCCAAGGUGGUGCAGAAGAUGAAGACGUUGAAGGGGAUGGAAUGGAAGACGACGGAGAGAUGGAGGGUGAUCUUGAAGACUUUGGAGGCGAGACAGAGGCUUAA